UUAAAAUGUAUUCUUGCGUCACAAUUUGCAGACAGUCUAAAGAUCUACAGAGCAAAACUAAAACUGAAGCACAAUGUCUUAAUUACUGAAAGAUAUAGACUAAUCCAGCUUGAAAUGUAAUGCUAAUGGCUGUUUUGCCUUCUUUGUUUCAGUUCAUUAUUGGAGAAGAUGGGGCAUUUGGUAACAACAUCUCGCAUAGUUGUGCAGAUGGUACAAUUGGUAUGACCUUGACUGAUUAUGUUUCAGCAUCCAUCAAGAAACUAGAGAUCAUAGAGUCUCCCACGGUGCCUUUGCCCACACCUCAGAAACUACACUUCAACAUCACAGCUGACAUCAAAAAAGCAAUUGAGGAGGCCAAACAAAGCAUUGAUAAAAUCGUCCAAGACCUGGAUUUCAGUAUUCUCUCAUUCAGCCACUAUGGGAAAAACUUUCUAAAAGCAAACAAGAUGAGUCCUGAUCCUUUCAUACAGAUGGCUAUACAGCUGGCCUACUACAGGGUGCACCUGCAGCACUGUGCAUCUUAUGAAGCUGCCUCAAUGCGACUUUUCAGGCAGGGACGUGUAGGUGAAAUCCCCUCAACUUCAAGUGCCUCAGUUGCCUUUGUCAUGGCUUUUAAUGACCCAAACAAGAAGAACACAGAGAAAGUGGAUCUUUUGAGGAAAGCUAUAGAAGUGCACAAGUGGAACACUAGCAUGGAAAUUAGUGGACAGACAGUCUUUGGGCACUUCCUGGGUCUACAGCACCAAGCAACUGAGAAAAAUAUUCCCAUGCCGGACAUCUUCACAGACGCCUCCUUUGAUAAAGUUUUUGACUAUCGACUUGCUACAAGUCAGGUGCAGUCCAAAUCUGGUUGUCUCCCAUGUGCUUGUCCUUAUCAACGUAAAACGUAUGAUAUAUGCUAUACUCUUUUGAAGGAUGACAUGGCUUUUGUGUUGUCAGCCUUCAAAACAAACACAGAAAAUAAUUCAGAAGAGCUGAAAAAAGCUGUGGAGGAUGCACUGCUGGACAUGAGGACCAUACUGUGAAAACAAAGACAUGAAUAAAGUGGUGGCUUUUCACUUUUGUUGAAUGCAACAUUUGCUUGACCAACAGUGUUGGUCAAGCAAAUGUUUAUGCUGGUAAAAAGAAAUGAUCAGUUGUAGUCAAUUGUAAUCACUAAUGAGAAGUUUAUACAAGUUUGUACAACUUAUUAAAAGAUUUAAGUGAGUUAUAUAUUUGAACCUGUAUACAUUUGAUGCCAAGUGUUUGAAUUCAUUUUAGAUUUUCUCUAACUUGUCCAGGCAAUUCUGUUUUUGAAGUCAAUUUGACGCCUAUUUUUGUGUUAAAAAAGAAGUAUAGGUGGCUAAAAAGAUAUUUAAUUAUUGUGAAGCGAAAAGGUCUCCAUCCAUUCUGUUUUAAGGCUCAGAUAUAUGACCAUAAUGUCAAGGCUUAGUUGGACACAUUGUACUUGCUAUUAAGUACCUAAUUAAAAAAACAAACUGAAAUGUAUGAUUUUACAUAGAAUAUUUGAAAAAACUGUCCAGGAGAUUUUCUAUGAUAAAAUAUGCAAUUUGUCUGUCAACACAGAAGAACUGAUGGCAUGUGGAAGGUCCCCACACUUUUACCUUUUCCACAACUCAGAGGAUAUCACCAGGCCAAUCAUCUCUCUAGAGAUUUUUUUGUUUUGUCUCUGUAAUUCAUGGUUUUGUAUUUUGGUAUUUUAAUUCUGAGCCUUCAGUUGGUUAUGGUGUACGGGGGGGAAAGGGUUUUCCGGUACUAUGUAAGUUAGGAUGUAGAUUCCCUGCAGAAGCCUAAAUGAAGUCUUAAUGUUAGAAGGAUAUUUAGUGCAGAAUUUAUUUUAUUUUUUUUUUACUAACUAUCCUGCUAUUUCAGACCCAUGCUGUAUUCCAAAGCCGCCAUGUCUGACUGAACGUGUGGUGGUCAUGACAACAGCAGCAAAAACUCAUGUUUGUGUGUGUAUUACCAUGACAUUUCCAGACCUAUAAAAUAAAGCAUUACAAUUACAAAACCAACAUGUCUAUAUAUUGGCUUUUAUUGAGGGAUCAGUAUUCAUAUCUCCAUAUAAAGAACAAAGCAUGAAAAGUAACAACGGCAAAAUGAAG